GCGGCGCCGGUCUCCCAGCAGGAGGCGCAGGUCGCCCAGCAGGAGGCGCAGGUCACCUUCUAGACGCAUCCGUGGAUCGCCAUCGGUGAAGAGGCCCACCAAGCCGAAGGACGACGAGGAGGAGAAAGACAAGGAUGACGACAAAGAGAAAGAGAAAGAGAAGGAGAAAGAGAAGGAGAAAGAGAAGGAAAAGGACAAAGAAAAGGAUAAGGACAAAGACAAGGACAGGGACCGUGACAGGGACAAAGCCAAGGAGAAGAAGGCAAAGUCCGGCUCCGCGUCCAGGAGCAAGUCCAGGAAAAAGGGCAGCAGGAGCCAGAAGCGCAAGGAAGAGCGCAGCAAGAGCAGAGACCGCGGCAAGAAGGAUUGCUGGCGAUGUCUUGCCUUUGGCUCCCUCCGCUGGCGCGUGGCCCAACUCUGA